AUGGAGGUGCAGUCGGAGUGUGUGGAGCCUCCUAUGGCCCCUCAGUGUGACCCCCAGCCCACAGGGAAGAUCAACAAAGCUGCCUUCAAACUCUUCGGAAAGAGGCGCACCGGCUCUGGGAUGGCCAGCUUCUUCUCCUUCAGGAACAAAGGGGCCACAAACAGCGGGAACAACGGGAAUUCUGACAAUGGGAAUUCUGUGAAUGGGAAUGGCUCGGCAGCAUCAGUGGAGCUUGUUAGAAGCAGAACCCACGAUGGACUAACAGGCUCUAACGGUGAAACUGAUGGACAGAGAGGGGAGGGGCCUGCUGGCUUGGAGGCGGUACCAGUGAGGUCUCUUAGCAAAUCGCUGAGUUUCUUCUCUUUGCUCCGACGUGGGAGUUUUAGGUCGAGUGAAAACGGAGGGACGGGAUUUGUCAGAAGAGGGAGGGGUCUAAAGGGCUUCUUCAGCAGCAUGCGAUGGAGACGUAAGGAAAAAACAAAUGAAGUAGAGGGGGAAGAAUUAGAAAGGAGGAAGGAGAAGGAUGGGGAUGUUGCCGACUCUGAAAAAGUAAAGGAUAUUACUCUCACCCUCGAACCUCCUCCGCAUCAUCACCAAGAGGAUUGUGGGAAUGCAGAGGCAGAACCUGACCUCCAAACAGAGACUCCCACUACUAGUGUUACCAUGACACCCUCACACUGUGUUGCCAUGCCAGGGCCAUCUGGUGAGCCUGACUCCCCCUUUCCUUACACACCUAUUGAUUCGCCACUGCGCCCUCCCAUUCCAAAAGCCAAAGCUUCAUUUUCAAGCCUCACCCCCUCCCUCGCUACGCCCCCUUUGGAUCGCUGCAGCACAGGUGACCCUCCCUCAGAACCUUCAGUGGAUCGCCUCUGCUCUCUCCUCUUCACUGAUGUCACAUCCCUAAAGAGCUUUGAUUCACUAACAGGCUGCGGUGACAUAAUUGCUGAUGCAGAUGAGGAGGGACCAGGGGGUAACGGGGGCAGCGGUACCAGCAGCAGCAGCAGUGGGGGAGGAGGAGGAGGAGGAGUAGGAGGAAGUGUAGGAGUGAGUGUUGGGAGAGCUGUUGGCAUCACCAGUGCCACAUCUCGUUGCUCCCCGUCAAAACCUCUACCUUCCCAGCUGACCCAGCCCAUGUUCUCUGUUUCCUCAAGCUCAGUGCCUGCCUCCCUUCCUGCCCGGGCCAGGGCGCCACCUCCACCACAGCAACACCCGGCCGGUAGCGGGGUGGUGGCCUAUAUGGGUGGUGGGGAGGAAAUGGCAAGUCCAGAAGGAGUGGACGACGCAGACAUGCAAGGGCUCUGGCAUAUGCUGCCAUCGACUGGUGACAAUUCCCCUGCUUUGCCCAGAUCACACCAACCCCCCUCCACCACCCCCACCUCGACUUAUCCCCCUCGUGCCAUCUCCAACCCUGCCAGCAGCCACUUGCCAUCAGGCUCUAGGAGUGCAGACCGUAAGCCACCUCAAGUGAAAGCACUGGGGCUCAGUAAGAUUCCAGUGGUUGGCGGAGCAGGAGGCCGGGUAGCUAAACCGCCUCUUCCUCACACACACGGCCGUCAUCCCACAUCGCCUGGCGAAAAAGAGCCACUCAGUGAUGAGGGCUACUGGGACACACCCUCAGCGACACCCACCGCGACACCUGAUGAAAGCGGGUUGCAGCGUAACGAGAGGAUGGCUCUAUCACGUGACAGUUGCUCUGGAGACAACCUUUAUGACCUAUACAACGACCCUGAAGAGGAGGAAGAGAAUGAAGACCUGGAUCGAGAUGAGGAUCUAAACAGUACUCCCUCUCCAUCUACUGAAUACAAACUGAGCCCCACCUCCCAAACAACUCCUCCUUCCUCCUCCUCCUCUUCUUCCUUUCGAUCAAUGAAAGGUAGUACCAGCCUUCCCCGGGAAUCCAAGAUCCCGGUCUGCGCCAGACAAACCACACCCCCACACUCUGUAAGCCAGUCAGCUCUAUCGUCUGUCCUAGAGGCUGAAUCUCCUCCACCAAAGACCCAAGCACCACCCCCGGUUCGCACCAGAAUCCCUGUAUCCAAGGUGCCCGUCCGUCGCUCUGGAAACAAACCUGGCAGUACCACCAGAGGAACCGCCUCCAAGAAGUAG